AUAGGCAGCUCCAUCGUCUUCGUUAAUACAGUGCCUUCAGAAGGAAGAUUUGAGUAUAUUCGUCCUCCCUCUGCUUCUCCUAAUUUUCACAUUUUCAGCGCUGACACAAUCAGUCCAAGGAUCCGAUCGACAGAGUUUCAGCUUCAUCUGUUAGGAUUAGAUCGCCGGAAACCAAACCUUCGUUGACGGCGCUUAGACAGAUAUGAUUGCUCGAAUUGCUGCUGCUGUUGUCGUUGCCGGUCUCGGAUAUGUGUAUCUUUCAAUCCAGCCUCCGCCUCCCAAAAUAUGCGGCACACCGGGCGGGCCUCCGGUGACUUCGCCGAGGGUAAAACUCGAGGACGGGAGGCAUUUGGCGUACAAGGAGAGGGGCGUUGCCAAGGAAGACGCCGAGCAUAAGAUCAUUGUUGCUCAUGGCCUCGGUGACUCAAAAGACUUCAACCUCCCUUUGUCCGAAGAAUUCAUGAAGGAACAUCGAAUAUAUCUUCUGUCAUUCGACCGCGCCGGUUAUGGCGAAAGCGAUCCGCGCCCUACAAGAUCGGUGAAAAGUGAAGCAUUCGACAUUGAGGAAUUGGCUGACAAGUUGCAAAUCGGGCCCAAAUUUGUCGUGGUCGGGAUAUCCAUGGGAGCAUACUCUGUUUACAGCUGCUUGAAGUACAUCCCACAUAGGAUAUCGAGCGCUGCCCUCGUCGUUCCAGUUGUUAACUACUGGUGGAAGUGCCUUCCGGCGAAGCUAGCGAAAGAAUCAUUCGGAAAAAUGCUCAUCCAAGAUCAAUUUGCAUUCAUGAUUGCCCAUCACACUCCGUGGUUACUGAACUGGUGGAUGACUCAAAAAUGGUUCCCAUCUCUCAGUGUCUUGCAAGGGAAGCUCGACGCUUUCAGUGACUCUGACCUGGAGAUCUUGAAACAGACGGCUGCAGGUCCACAGCUGAGUCAGGAAAAGCCAACACAACAAGGGGUUCAUGAGUGUCUACAUCGCGACCUGAUCGUCGGAUUUGGAGAUUGGGGGUUCGAUCCGACGGACAUUAGCAGCAAUGCUUUGGUGAGCAACGGAUCUAUUCAAAUUCAUCUAUGGCAAGCAUACGAAGAUAGGCUGAUUCCUUACAAGGUAAACCGGCAUUUGUCGGAACAGCUUCCAUGGAUUAAAUACCAUGAGGUCCCCGACGCCGGCCAUCUUUUAAUAUAUAAUGCAACUUUUUGCGAAGCCAUCUUUAAGUCACUUGUGGAGCCAAAUUCGUAGGCUUUCUUUAUCCAAAAUUUCUCAAAAUUUUCACUAUUUGAACUGUGUUUUUUGAAAUAAAAAUGUACGUCACUGAAAUAUUAUUUUAAUAUCAAAUUCAGACAAAAUUUCUUCAAACUGGUACUAAAGAAACGCACAAUUCUAUCACAUUUAUUUUAUGAUAAGCAUAUCUUUUGUUUUAAGGUUUGCUUUGUACAAUUUGUUUUAAUCUAUCGGCAUUCCUUCUUUGAA